AUGGCCUCCCGCAACAGUAUAGAUGAUUACGGCCUCACCCUGAGUGAUCUCGAUUGGUCCCCCCAGAAUCGCGAACGGCAGCAGCCCUCUGCGGCAUUGGGCGAUAACCUGCACCCACCAAGCUCCUCCAGUCUGCAGCCGAUAUCGAUGAGAUCGACGUCUCCCAGAGCGCCAGAAAGCAUUCCUACGACACGAGAUGGGCUGACUAGAGAACCCAAUGUGGUCUAUAUCCACGAGAGCGAUCGUACCGUGAAUCGACGACUACGAGGGAUCCAUGUUUUUAUGAUCACGAUCAGCGGUGUACUUGGAGCCGGAUUAUAUAUACAAAGCGGAACAAUCCUGCGCGUUGCAGGUCCAGGGGCUGUGUUGAUCGCUUUCACCGUUAUGGGCUUGCUGGCUUGGAUGGUGAUGCAGUGUAUUGGCGAGUUUCUGGCUUUGUGGCCAAUAUCCGGUGCGCUGGUCGAAUACGUUGCCAAGUUCGUCGAUGAAGACUUGGGCAUUGCAGUUGGAAUCGCAUAUUGGUUCACGUACUCAAUCAAUUUCGCGGCCUUGAUUGUGGCGGCAGCUGGGGUUCUGGAUUUCUGGGAUCCUGGCAAGGCUAUUCAGGGAACCGUUAUAUUCUUUGCAGUGCCCCUUUUCCUCGUGCUGUUCAACAGCUUUGGUGUCCAGAUCUAUGGAUUGACCGAGCUGCUGGGGGGCUCUCUAAAGAUCCUUGGUAUUUUGAUCGUGAUUAUCAGUAUGAUCACGAUUAAUCUUGGAGCCGGGAAUGAGGGCCAUAUUGGUACGGAGAAUUACAAACAUGACUUAAUUUUUCCUUACGAUGCUAGGGCAGCCAAUAACUGGGCUUCUGCUCUCUUCAUGGCCUUUUCUAUUGCCGCUUUCGCCUAUGUCGGGGUUGACAUUACUGCUGCGACGGCGCUCGAGGCUCGUCCCGACAAGAAACGCUCAUCUUCACAAGACACCGAAGGUCGUGACGGGGGGGGUCCUUGGCCAUUUAUUUCCGUUCGCUUCGUUGCAACUUGGACAAGUUUCCUUGUGUGGAUUAUUUACUUCAUUGCUGGCAUUGUUAUGAGUUUGAAUGUCAAGUGGAAUGACCCCAACCUUCCCGAGGCGUCGUGGCUUGGAUCACCAGUGGCCGAUCAGAAUCCUAUGGGCGAGGCUACCUACAAUACAGAUUCAGGGUUCGUGAUUAGCGCUGCGAUAUCAGGCAUACCCGGAUUAGCGGAUAUGUUUACCGUGGUUAUAUUAAUCACUGCAGUAUUUUCCGCGAAUACCCACCUCUAUGUCGCGUCAAGGACACUCUUUGGCUUAACCCGCCGGUUGCGAGAUUCGAAAUGGCCGUUGCUCGCAUUCUUUGGGAAAACAAACAACUACCAAGUUCCUGUUCGAGCCAUGUUUCUCUCCUGCUUUUUUCUCUGGGUGCCGUUCUUGUAUCUCUCGCCAGACAACUCUCCCAACACAACCAUUUCAAGUCUUCUCGAAGUCCUUUCGCAGAUGGCCUCCGUGUCUUGCAUUAUUGUCUGGGCCUGCGAAUGUUGGGCGUUUAUUCGCUUCUAUCAUUGUUUGUACCUUCACAGACAUGAGAUCAAUGCUUCUCCACAGUUUGCCCGCCUUCGUCGCUUUCCGGAACACGGGGUCGAGGAUCUUUAUCCAUGGCGCUCGCAUGGCCAACCAGUAACAAUGUAUCUGGCACUGUUUGGAUGUCUCUUCGUUCUCAUUGUUCCUGAUGGAUCUGCGCUAUGGCAUCACUUUGCCGCGCCGCGGUUUUUCUCAGCUUACUUGGCGGUAAGUAGGGGUGAUUCCAGACCCAAGAUUAUGCGGUUACGACUUCAAGAAUCAAAUAUUGAUGGCUGUUUGUUCUUUCCACAGAUUAUUUGCUUCGUCCUCAUCUUUCUCGGCAUUAAAAUUUACCGUAACUGGGGAAAUGUUGAAUGGAGACUCGAAGACCUAUCGAGGUUUGUCAAUGUCGAAAGGAAACUCAGGGAACUUGAUGAAAUUCAUGACCUUGCAACGACGAGGGACACAGAUGUGCAAGAACCCACACUCCGGAAUCUUUGGGGCCUUAUGUAGUGGUAUAAUACUAACCCUACUGAUCAUGUGUAAACUACAAUAGAUAACGGAUGUACUGUAUGACCCGGCUGACCUAGUGUGAAAUCAACUGAUCCCGUAAUGCGUAUAUAGGCUUAGCUCUACUUUGAGUUCGCC